CCUUGUCACAACUCACAAGCAGCUGUCUAUCAGGUCGAGUGUGACUGCGAUUGGAGUAAAUUUGCAAAAAUUUGCUUUGGAAUUUUAGCUAAAAAAACACAAUGUUAACUAGAACAUUGGUUUCUAGAGCUCUUCUUCUUCGAACCCUUAAAAAUGCUGCUGAUAACGUAAAGCAAGCUAAAAGGAAUGCUGGCCAUGGGGUUUGGAGUUACCGUGUACCACCACCACUGCCCUCUAAGAAAGCUAUAUUGCUAGCUGAGGGUCUUGGAGCCUUUGCCUGGUGGUGGAUCUUUUGGCAUAUCAUCACAGAACCUGAUCACAUUCUGGGAGAAUUUAAAUACAUUGAUCCAAGCACCUACACUGAUGCAGAACUUGGCAUCCCACCUGACUCUGAAGGACCUUUGAAGAAAUGAACUGGAAUUUUAGUUGAUUUGUAGAUACUUUUAAUUUAUGAUGUUCAAUAAAAAUAAUGAGUAAAUAA